GUCCAUUCCGAGGAUCGUGAAGAGCUGCAACGGCAGCUAUUGUGGAACUCCUUCCUGCCCGCCGAUAUGUCCACCAUUCAGUUGGCCGAUACGUUGGCGCCCGAUAAGGCGCUCUAUUUGGAGCGUAGCUUUACAGUGCGAUUUCGUUGCCUGCUCGAUAAUACUUCCGGUUUUCUGCGAUUGGACAUACGUGGACGUAUCAAAAUUCUGCAUGGCCAAAAUCGAAAGACAGAAGAACCUCCACUGGCGCUAUUUGCCUACUGCACACCCUUCGGACCGCCAAGUCUGCUCGAGAUACCACACAAGGAGAAUAUGUUCAAGUCCAAGCAUAAAUUGGAUUUUUCGCUUGUCUCCAUGGAUCAACGCGGCAAGCACGUUUUGGGUUACUCAGAUGCGGAACUAGUCAAUAUGGGCGGCUAUGAUUUGGUGCAUUACGAUGAUUUGGCUUAUGUGGCUAGUGCGCAUCAGGAAUUACUAAAAACAGGCGCUUCCGGCAUGAUUGCAUAUCGUUAUCAAAAGAAGAGUGGUGAAUGGCAAUGGCUGCAAACAAGCUCUCGAUUGGUCUACAAAAACUCCAAACCAGACUUUGUGAUCUGCACACACCGGCAACUGAUGGACGAGGAGGGACACGAUUUGCUGGGCAAACGUACAAUGGACUUCAAAGUGAGCUAUUUGGAUACCGGACUUGCGUCCACAUACUUCUCAGAGGCAGAUCAGCUGGUGGUACCGCCAAGCACUUCGCCAAAUGCGCUGCCACCGCCAGUCACACCUACGCGGCCAAAUCGACGCUAUAAAACGCAAUUACGUGAUUUUCUCUCCACCUGUCGUACGAAACGUAAAAUGCAACAACAACCACAACAAACAUCACCACUGGGGCAGGUCACCUCACCCGCGCCCGUUGUCGAAUACCUGCCCGAUCCCGCUGUGGCUGUCGCCGCCGCCUACUCCAAUCUCAAUCCCAUGUAUACCACCUCGCCCUAUGCCACCGCCGCGGAUAACAUCUACAUGGGCACCUCAGUGCAUUCGACCAAUUUCUAUCCCGUGACCGAGAAUCUCUUCCAUCAAUAUCGACUGCAGGGUGUGAGCAGCUACUACACAGACUAUCAUCACUCCGGCGCGCCCGCCUCCGCCUAUGUGACCAAUGGCUUCCUGCCCUACGACGGCUAUACGAUCGCGCCCAAGGACGACAAGUGGCAGGACACG